AUUACGGUUUGGUUUCACACCCGGAAGCAAUGCACGCUCCCGCACUCGCCUGGCGCCUCUCUGCUGCCUUCUUCUGGCCCACAGGAGUUUAGCUUCUGCUUUCAUUUGGGCAACUCACCGACGUGAACCGCUCAGGAAUCGUCGAUUCGGGUUUAGGAACACGGCUUCGGGGAAGUCUUUUCGCAGUACUGUAAGCGAGGACUGGAGGAGAGCGUCUACAUAGCGCAGUCCCAUCCCCGCCGUCAGCCAGUGACAUUGACACAUCGGUGUUGUGCACAAGUUCAUGUGUGUACACUAACGCUGGGGUCCGGAGCGCUUUCCCCGCAGUUCCCAUAGCUUCAGGUACAAUGAGCGAAUACUUCAGCCUGUCGGACUGUGAUGUUAUCGGCUUCGACCUGGACCACACGCUCUGCCGCUACCAUCUGAAGGAGACCUCCAGGCUUAUCUAUGAGAGCUUUGCCAGGUAUCUGGUGGAGCAUAAAGGCUAUGACAAGGACCUACUGAACCUAACCCCUGCUACCUGGGAUUUCUGUUUUAAGGGACUAGUGGUGGAUCUGGAGGAUGGAAACCUUGUGAAGCUGGCUGAAGACGGAACUGUCUUGCGAGCAACACAUGGAACCAAUGACCUCAGCACAGAAGAGAUCAUCAAACACUAUGGUCCUAAAAGAGAGUGGAAGCACUUCAACAGCCUCAAUACCUCCUUCACAAGAUCUGCAAAUUACUAUUUCUAUGACAACUACUUUGAUCUACCUGGGGCUCUUCUCUGUGGAAGAGUAGUGGACAUGUUGCAUAAGCGAGGAAAUGAGGUGAAUUCUGACUUUUGGAAAGACAUGGUUGCUGCCAUCGACCACAAUUACAACACAUCUGCAUUCAAAGAGGAUGCAGGGACUUACUUCCCCAAGGUGAAGAGGGACCCAGGCCAGUACUUGCAGCCCUGCUCGGACUCUGUCAAGACCUGGCUGCACAGCAUGAAGAAUGCCGGGAAGGUCCUCCUCCUCAUUACCAGCUCUCACAGCGACUACUGCAGGCUCAUAUGUGAACACAUCUUGGGGAAGGAUUUCGAGGAGCUGUUUGACAUCAUCAUCACAAACGCCCUGAAGCCUGGUUUUUUCUCCUUGGUGCCCCAGCAGAGGCCCUUCAGGACCCUGGUGAACGACGUGGAGGAGAGAGAGGGGCUACCUUCGCUUGACAAACCCGGCUGGUACUCCCAGGGCAACUGGCCGCACCUCCAUGAGCUGCUCAAGACCAUGACGGGGAAACAAGAGCCAAAGGUAGUGUAUUUUGGAGAUAGCAUGAGGUCAGACAUGUUCCCUGCCAGCAGCUUUGGGAAGUGGGAAACUGUGAUGAUAGUGGAGGAAAUGGAGGGGGAGGGUAUCCCGAAGAGUGACGCAGCAAUGUCUAAUGAGGCCCAAGUGGAGCCGCUGGAGAAAAAGGGAAAGUUCGAGGAGCAGGGCAUGAAGUCACCCUCUGCCGUGUCCAACCAAUGGGGCUCUUACUUUGUUGACGUGCAUAGAAGUGGAGGAGGGGACGAGGAGAGCCAGAAACUGACCUGGUGCUGCCACUGCAUUCACAAAUACAGCACCAUGGCCAUCCCUAGUGUUGAGCACAUAGCAGAUCUCCCUCUGGAUUACAAGUUCCCCAGGUUUUCUCCUGACAAGCCCUGCACAACUGGCUACUACCCCAGGCCCCCGGAGUCUUUGCUGAAGAGGUGCGAGAGUCUGUCAUAAAAAAGAAAAAAGGAAAAAGUUUGAAAAAAAAAGUCCUCCCUUACCCCUCUGCCUCAGGAGAGGAAUGUGCCUCCAUUUUUGCCUGUAGUUUCCCACAUGACCCCCACUGCCAUCUGUGGAGCACAGGAAGCAUACACUCCUCACCCAUUCAGAGAAACCAUGUGAAUGUAAGCCACAGUAUCUCUCUGUAAUAACGCCUACAUUUGAACGUUGUUUCGUGGUUUAGUGUACCAUAUAGGUGGAAAUAGGACAAAAUAUGUGGGCGUGUGUGUGUCUGCAUACAGUAAUAAUAAGAGAUGUAGUGUUUUUAUUGUUUGUGUGAAACCCCCUAUUGUUUUCUAUGGUAGAUUAUUUAAAAAUCCAAAUUCUUCAGACUUUUCCGAAAUAAAGAGAACAUUUUACCACCUCUUUUUCCCUAAAGUGAUUACCUCAAGAAUAUUAUCGACUGUAAGCAGAACCCAGAUGGUCACAGUGUGUUUGUCCCUAAAAAUCCAUUGGAAUCAUUGUGGCAGUAUUUCUGUAUAACACUGUUAUUGUGAAGUCUUCUUUUUUGAAAUAUACUUUCAUUGUAUGCAUUUUAGUAACUUUAAAAUGAGGUUUAAGGUCUAAUGUUUCCCCCCGUGUCAGUUUUUGUGGGAGGUGUUAAUCUUCAGGUCAUUGUUGCUAAAGAAUUGGCACAAUUCUGUCCUUUGUGUUGGCUGUUUUAAAAAACACAGAUUUGGGAAACAAUAAUAAUAAUGGAUGAUAAGGACUAUGCUAAAUGUUCUUGUUAUUAUUUUUGGUGCAACAGUGACAUGUGCUCUUUGAGUGAUUGUGUAAAAAUGUCGACUACUCGUGCUUCAUUUAUAUGCAGUACCAGAUUGAGAUAUGCUUUAACCGACUUCUUAAUGGUUAUUUUGUCAGUGUGCAUUGACAAGUUGUGCCAUAAUAUUUGAGGAACACUCAGUUUGGGAAAAAUCUGUAGAAGUUUAUCUCGGUGCAUGCGGGAAGUGUGUGCCAUAACUUAGCCCUAAGACUGGAAGCAUGGCAAAGCUGUUAGCCUCAGUCCAAAGUAGAAAAAUACAACUUGCGUCAAAACUAGCAAAAUGUUUCAUCUUGGUAGCUAGCAAGCUUGUCACCAAUUCAAGAGUCACUUCCACGAGUUACCUAGGUUUAUUUGACAACAGAGUCGGGACUGUAUGCAAACUUCAACUCUCCAUUGAUCCACUUGGUUGGUGCUAACUGAGAACGAACAUGUGAAACCAGUUGUGCCAGGUCCAAAUUAUACCUAUAGUCUACUCAUUCCAUUCUCCGAGUCUUAGUCCAAAUUUUUAAUGCCUGAGUGGAUCCCUGCAUACUCGCUGUUAGCAUUUUCAUUAGCUACCAUUCUUGGGUCGAUCCUUGGGUCUACUCAGAUCGGGGAAAAAAAAAAAAA